UCGGGUAAAACAUGGCUAAAAGCUUAUGGAGUAAGUGGAAAAGGAAGAUGCUUGCUGAAAAGAGAAAAAAGAAUGCUCCAAGAGAGCUCAACAGACUUAAAAGUAUUCUCAAAGUCGACAGUGAUAUUUUAAUGAAAGAUGUCCAAGAGAUAGCAACUGUGGUAGUGCCCAAACAGGGCCAGGAGAAAGUUCACUGGGAGAUGGAAGAGGAAAAAGGUGACAUGAAAAUGGAGACUGAGAUUAAGAGAAACAGAAAGACUCUUCUAGACCAGAAUGGACAGUACCCGGUGUGGAUGAACCAGAGGCAGAGGAAGAAGCUGAAGGCCAAGCGAGCAAAAGGAAGGGGCAAAAGCAAGGCAAAGGCAGCGAAGGGGAUGCCUGGUAGACGCCUCACACGUGAGAGUGCCAGGCCUGGUACACACUUCACACGUGAAAAUUCCAGGCAUGGAAGUCGCAUCACAUGCAAGAGUGCCAAACCAGACCCAACAGUCUUUGAUUGCAAUGUGUACGCCAACUUCAUCUCUCAAAAAGUGGAAGCUAUUUGUUUCCAUAUUUUAAUCUGA